AUUUCUUAAAUGACAAUCAUUUUCUUUUUUAACUCAAUAGUAGUAUCUUCUCUGUGGAUCUCAUUUACUUGAUUAAGAGAGCCUAUAAAUCAGUAGAACAAUUUCGACAUUUAUAAGCUGAUUCCUCUGCCAACUAUGGAGGUUCAAGUUCUUGCAAGAAAAUUAAUAAAACCAUCCAAACCAACCCCACUUCAUCUUCAGAACCUCAAGUUAUCGCUGUUCGAUCAGCUCGCUCCUCCAUUAUAUGUCUCCAUUGUUUUCUACUACUCGUCCAACGCAGAGGAAAAUGCAGCCUCCAAAAGAAAUGAAAAGUUCAUUCUCUUGGAAGAAUCAUUGUCCAAGACCUUAAAUCACUACUACCCGAUGGUAGGGAGGUUCUCGAACAAUGACCUCUCGAUCAAUUGUAAUGAUCAAGGAGUCGAGUUCAUAGAAGCUCAAGUCGAGAAAGAUCUUGGUGAAUUUCUGCAUCAUGGACCCGAGAUUGAGCUUUUGAAUAAAUUCAUGGCAUGGGAUGUUCCACCAUCAACAUUGUUGGCGACAAGUCCAAUGUUGGCGAUCCAAGUGACUAUGUUUUCGUGUGGUGGCCUAGUAAUGGGAAUACAAUGUUCACACCUGGUGGCAGAUGCUUUUACAUUGGAAAAAUUCAUCAAUGAAUGGGCUUGCAUUAGCAAAUCAGGGGUGGUGGAAAUGUCUUGCUCGAGUAGUUUUGGUGAUUUGGCUUCACUUUUUCCGACUAGAGUAUCAUCCAAACAGCUUCCCCCACGGAGCAAAUUAUCGAAGAUUAUCACGAGAAGGUUCGUGUUUGAUGCUCAGGCUAUAGAGACACUCAGAAAGAGAAUAUUUUUAAAGGAUGCUACCAUUGAACCAACGCGAGUGGUGACAGUCAUAUCUCUUUUAUGGAAGGCACUAACUGGUGCUUAUAUAGCCAAGAAUGGCUAUUUGAAGAACUUCUCCUUGUGCCCAACAAUAAACUUAAGGGAGAGAACUGUUUUACCAAUAACACAACAAAGUUUAGGCAACUUUUGGAUGAGUGGGAUUGCACUUUUUCAGGCGGACAAGAAUGGAACAGAGUUGCAUGACUAUGUGAAGCUCAUGACAAAUGCAAUAAGGGAUACAACCGUGAACGUUGGAAAGGCAAGCAUCGAUGAAAUCUCCGAUUUGUUCAUCAAAAAUCACAAAGAGAUAGUUGGCAAGCUUGUCAGCAGUGAGAAAAAUGCUUGCCCCUUUACAAGUUGGUGCAAAUUUUCUUGGUAUGAGGCUGAUUUUGGUUGGGGAAAACCAAUUUGGUUGAGUGGUAUAAGUAGAGCUUUUGAAGUAAUUAGUCUGAUUGACACCAAAAAUGGUGAUGGAAUAGAAGCUUGGGUGAGUUUGAAGGAAGAAAUCAUGGUUGAGUUUGAACAAGAUCCUGACAUUCUGUCUUUGGCCUCCAAAAUGAAAUCUCCUACAUGUUACUAAUUAAGUUGGAGGAUAAAGUGACUAACUAGUCUAGAACAUUUGUUAAUAAACAUGGAUCUGCAAUUCAAAAAUUUCCUCCAUGUACAAUCUUGUAUUUGUAAUCUUAAUACCAAUUCAGUGCUUAUAUUGUUAACUGGUGAGUUUUAGCAUCGACAGACUCUUCUAUUUAAUGGCUCAAUUCUAAAAAGAGAGAGACUGAUCCUGUCAGAUUUUUCAUUCAAGCAUGAUGAACGAUAUCCAUGUAUCCUGUCAGUCCUUACAUGAUAUCCUUUACUGUUAUUGUUUAUAAAGAUGUAUGAGUGGUGCAUGCAAGCUUGGGCAGCCAUAGUAAUGGGAAUGAUUUCAGGGAGCAUUCCAUUGUUCUCGACGAUGAUCCUCCACAGAAAGUCCACUUUUCUACCGAAGGUACGAAAUUGGUACUUUAGUAUUAUUCCAUUUUGUAAAGACUACUUGUCCUAUAGAGUAUUGGCAUUGUCUUCAUGGUUGUUGAAAUCGAAUAGUCUGCAUGUCAAAAUAAGUUGCUAUCCAACCUUCCCCUGUCCCUACGGCUCUUACCAUGUCGUACUCGAAUGAAGGAGAAAAGUAGGUAAGCACUAAAAGUUUGAACAACUUGCCUUUAUAUUGUUGUUAUCCUACACAAACAAAAUCUCUAGUAUAAUGUUGAGUCCUACAUUGGUAGCUUAGUCUUGUUAUACGGUUUCGGCAAUCCUCAC